AAUACCUACUCAUGCUUAUCAAUGUCUACAAAUGAUCAUCAGUGCCUGAAAAUGCUAGUGAAUGCCUGUCCCAUGCUUAUCAACGUCGGAAAGCCCCUAAAGGAUUUUGCUCACGUCUAUCAAUGUCUGCUACUAAUGAAUACUGCUUUGGAGUAACUACAUAUUCAAGUCCUGAAGCCACAAGAAACAUAAUCAAUAAAUCUACUUUGCCGCUAUCCGCCAAACUCUAUCAAACUCUGCUACAAGAAAAGAAGAAGAAAAAACAAAAAAAAACUAACCAGACAGGUCGCACUUCUUUACACUGGAUCACCCCGAAAUGCUCCUAUUGUUAUGGCUCUGCCUCUACAGCUGAUGAAUCGCCCGUAAACCCUCCCUUGCUGCUGAGCUCGAUGGUUGCGAUGCUCCAAAGGUUCAAUAUUCCGAUGUCUCCACGGUCAUCACCCCUUUCGAAACGCUUCGUCCUAGGUACUUAGAAGUGCACUCUUUGUACGUUGAAGCACCUCUUUCGUUGAACUUACCGUGGUAUGGUUUUGAGAUUGAGUUUUUAUUUUUGAGUUUUGAGCCUUGAGUGCUCCUUAUUCAUGGAGGGUUUACACCGUGUAGUCUUCUGGCAUGCAGUCUAUGGUUCUAGUCAUCUUGGGUUUGAAAGCUAGCGAUAAUGUGGCCUUCUGGACUUAUGGAAAGAAAGAAAGAAAAAAUCUCUAUUUGCUCUCUUAACUUGGCUAUCAAAAAGAAAAUCUCUACU